CGUGAUCCGUCAAAUCUUACACAAAAACUCCCUAAAAAUAAAAGAAAAAAAUUUAGACGCGUUUUGAUGGAUUUUGUAAAUACACACCAAAAAGAUUCAUUUGCCAUAUAAUCUCUAGUUUGGCAACAUCCAUCUUGAAAACGACCAAACACAACUUUAGCAUUUCAAAUAGCAUAUCAUCUAACAUCAUCAUAUAUAUAUAUAUAUAUAUAGGGACUAUUCAUAAAUGUCAAGUCGUCCCAGAUUCAAAGGAUCUACAUCCGCUAGAUUCGUUAAGAAUAAAGUAAAUACAGAAUUCAAACCUAGAAAUCAUGAUAGACAAAACAUACCAAUUGAUCCUAGGAUAGCCAAUAAUCCCAUGCUUAAUGAUUCGAUUCAGAAGAAGGAAUUGGUGAGUAAGAUCGAUGAAUUGGAUGCCUUAAUGGGAUUCGCCAGGAUCGAAAAUGGUGAACAUGAUGGAUUGAAACCAAAGAAAGGGUGGUUAAUAAAUAUGCAUUCUACCACUAUACCUUCAGAGGACUAUUUAACUGGUUAUUCAGGAGUGGAUUAUUAUUUCUUAGAUGAGGAAGGUGGUUCAUUCAAAGUCACUUUACAAUUCGAUCCUUACUUCUUUCUUGAUGUGAUACCUGGUAAUGAAGCAGAAGUUGAAGAAUGGUUAAGAAAAUUCUUAGAAUCAACCAGUAUAAAAUCUAUAAAUCGAGAAUUAAAAGAAGAUUUAGCUUUACCAAAUCAUUUAGUUGGUCUUCAAAAAAAUUUAAUCAAAUUAACCUUUCAUAAUGUUCAAGAUCUUUUAACUGCUAGAAGAUUAAUAGCACCUAUAAUUAAAGAUAAUCAAACCAAAAGAGAAUCAAGAGAUGUUUAUGCAGUGGUUCAUACCACCACCAAUGAAGCUGCUAGCCCUUCUACUUAUAUUGAUGAUAUGAAGGAAUAUGAUGUUCCAUAUCAUGUUCGUGUAUCAAUUGAUAAAAAUAUCAGAGUUGGUAAAUGGUAUGAUGUAUAUGUCAAACAUCAAGAAGUAUCACUUGUGGAAGAUAAAGAAAUGAUUGCUUUCGCUGAUCCCGUGAUAUUGGCAUAUGAUAUAGAAACUACUAAGGCUCCAUUAAAGUUCCCUGAUGCUAAAAUUGAUCAAAUCAUGAUGAUAUCGUAUAUGAUAGAUGGUGAAGGGUUUUUAAUUACCAAUCGUGAAAUCAUUUCUGAAGAUAUUAAUGAUUUCGAAUAUACUCCUAAACCAGAAUACCCUGGUUUAUUCACCAUUUUCAAUGAGCCAGAUGAAAAACAUGUAUUAAUGAGGUUCUUCGAACAUAUAAGAGAUGCAAAACCAACCGUUAUAGCGACUUUUAAUGGUGAUUUUUUCGAUUGGCCAUUUGUAGAAACAAGAACUACUUUCCAUGAUAUGGAUAUGUUUGAUGAAAUUGGAUUUGCUAAGGAUAAUGAUGGUGAAUAUAAAUCCAAAUACUGUGUUCAUAUGGAUUGUUAUAGAUGGGUUAAAAGAGAUUCUUAUUUACCUCAAGGUUCUCAAGGUUUAAAAGCGGUUACGACUGUUAAAUUAGGGUACAAUCCAACUGAAUUAGAUCCUGAAUUAAUGACUCCUUAUGCAUAUGAAAAACCUCAAUUAUUAUCUGAAUAUUCGGUGUCGGAUGCAGUAGCAACUUAUUACCUAUAUUAUAAGUAUGUUCAUCCAUUUAUUUUCUCAUUAUGUACUAUUAUUCCAUUAAAUCCAGAUGAAGUGUUACGUAAAGGUACAGGUACCUUAUGUGAAAUGUUAUUACUGGUUCAAGCAUAUGAAAAUAAUAUUUUAUUACCCAAUAAACAUAGUGAACCAAUUGAAAGAUUUUACGAUGGUCAUUUAUUAGAAUCGGAGACUUAUGUCGGGGGACAUGUUGAAUCAUUAGAAGCAGGUGUUUUCAGAAGUGAUUUAGAAAAUGAUUUCAAAGUGGAUCCUACUGCAAUUGAUGAAUUAUUAAAUGAUUUACAUAAUUCAAUUAAAUUUUGUAUCGAAGUUGAAAAUAAUAAAAAAUUCGAAGAUGUGGAAAACUUUGAUGAAAUUUAUAAUCAAGUACGGGAUCAAUUACUUGAAUUAAAAGCUAAUCCAGUACGGAAAGAAGUUCCAUUGAUUUAUCAUGUCGAUGUGGCGUCAAUGUAUCCUAAUAUCAUGACAUCCAAUAGAUUACAACCCGAUUCCAUGAAAACAGAAGAAGAUUGUGCUGCUUGUGAUUUCAAUAGACCAGGUAAGAAUUGUGAUAGAAGACUUCCAUGGUCUUGGAGAGGGGAAUUUUAUCCUGCUGAAAUGAAUGAAUAUAAUAUGUUAAAAAGAACUUUACAAAAUGAAACUUUCCCUGCCGCAAAACCAUGGUUACCCCUUCGAACAUUUGAUGAAUUAUCGUAUACCGAACAAGCUUCAUUAAUUAAAAAGAGAAUCAGUGAUUAUUCCAGAAAAGUCUAUCACAGAGUCAAACAAACUGAAGUUGUCACUCGUGAAUCCAUCAUUUGUCAAAGAGAAAAUCCAUUCUAUGUCGAUACAGUCAGAUCAUUCAGAGAUCGUCGUUAUGAAUUCAAAGGGUUAGCCAAAGUUUGGAAAGGGAAAAUAUCCAAAUUAGAUAAACAUGAUACCAUCAAAAGAGACGAAGCUAAGAAAAUGGUAGUUUUAUAUGAUUCCUUACAAUUGGCCCAUAAAGUUAUUCUUAAUUCUUUUUAUGGUUAUGUGAUGAGAAAAGGUUCUCGUUGGUAUUCGAUGGAAAUGGCCGGUAUUACCUGUCUUACUGGGGCCACUAUCAUUCAAAUGGCUCGUGCAUUGGUGGAGCGUAUAGGUAGACCAUUGGAAUUGGAUACUGAUGGUAUUUGGUGUAUUUUACCAAAAUCAUUUCCUGAAAAUUUCACUUUAAAAUGUAAAGAUGGUAAAAAAAUCUUAUUAGAAUAUCCUUGUUCUAUGUUGAAUUAUUUAGUUCAUGAAAGAUUUACCAAUGAUCAAUACCAAGAUUUAGUUGAUCCAGAUAAUUUCAAAUAUAAAACAAGAUCAGAUAAUUCUAUUUUCUUCGAAGUUGAUGGUCCAUAUAAAGCGAUGAUUCUUCCUACUUCCAAAGAAGAAGGUAAAGGUUUAAAGAAAAGAUAUGCUGUUUUCAAUGAUGAUGGUUCGUUAGCAGAAUUAAAAGGUUUCGAAUUGAAGAGAAGAGGGGAAUUACAAUUAAUUAAGAAUUUCCAAUCUGAUAUUUUCAAAUUAUUCUUGGAUGGUGAUACGUUGGAAGGUUGUUAUCAAGCUGUGGCAACAGUCGCUAACAAUUGGUUAGAUGUAUUAGAUACGAAAGGUGGUAUGUUAGAAGAUGAAGAUUUGAUUGAACUUAUUUGUGAAAAUAGAAGUAUGUCUAAGAGUUUAGCUGAAUAUGGCACACAAAAAUCUACUUCAAUUACUACUGCCAGAAGAUUAGGGGAAUUUUUGGGUGAAGAAAUGGUUAGAGAUGCUGGUUUAGCCACUAAAUAUAUUAUUAGUGCAAAACCGAUUGGAGCUUCAAUUACAGAAAGAGCUGUACCAGUGUCAAUCUUCUCAUCUGAAAAGAAGGAAUUUUUCCUUAGAAAAUGGCUUAAAGAUCCAACUUUAGUAGGAUCAAUUGGUCCAAGAGAAAUCAUUGAUUGGGAUUAUUAUAGAGAACGUUUAGCAUCGGUAGUUCAAAAGAUUAUUUCCAUUCCAGCUGCAUUACAAAAUGUUAAAAAUCCCGUACCAAGAGUUCCUCAUCCGGAAUGGUUGCAAAGAAAAAUCAGUGUCAGAGAUGAUUCAAAACAACAAUCAUCACUUUCUACAUUCUUCUCUAAGUCAACUAAGAAAGACGCCUUGGAAAAACAAGUUAAGGAUAUGGAAGAUUUUGGUGAAAUAGAUGCUCCAAGACCAAAAGUUGUCAAAGUCACAUCCAAGAAGAGAAGAAACGCCAAAGCUAAUAUGGUGUUAGACUCUGAAGAAGAAGAAAGAAUAAACGCUGUCUUAAAUGGUCCUUGUCCAAGUAUGACUGAAGAUUAUGAAGGUUUCUUACACUAUCAAAAAGCCAAAUGGACCCUUCAACAACUUAAUAGAGAUAGAAGAAAGAGAAUAUUUGGUAGUAAUUCUGAAACAUCACAUAGAUCAACAGUUGGAGGUAUUUUAAGAAAACAAGCCGAAAACGUGGCAGGAUCCAAUUGGGAAAUUUUACAAUAUAAAUUAGACGUCGCCACUCCUGGUGAUGUUAAGGUUUACGUUCUGGCUGGUACUAAAGUUCAUUCAUUUACAUUUCAUGUUCCUAAAAAAGUUUUCGCAUCUUUUAAAACAGAUAUUUCUAACCGGAAAAAUAUUCCUGGCUGCGAAAUUGAAAAAUCUAAUGCUGCCUUACCUAAUGGUCAUGAUGGUUCUCAUUUAUAUAAGUUAACUAUGCCCGAGACUACUUUCCAUGAAGCUCAUACUAAUGUUGAUAGUUUGUUACAAGAUUCCAAUAUUUUGGGGUUAUAUGAAACUCAAAUUGGUGCAGUUGAAAGAGCUAUUAUCGACUUAGGUAAUGUGGUUAAAUUCGAUGAUACAAGAGUAGGUUCUUUAGGAAAAGGUUUGAAGAGUGGUUUUAAUUUGAAGGAGUUGAAUAGAAUAGGAGGCACUGAUUACUUGAAAAAUUUCAAUAUGGAUAUUGUUUACUUGUUACAUAUUGUUACUAACAGUUAUGAAUUCUUUACUUUAUUUAAAUCGUGGGAGAAUACAACAACUGUAUUUGUGUUAAAACCAUCCGCCAAUGCUCAAGAACUUCCUGGAAACAUGGAUAGAAUCUAUCGUGAAAUUUAUGAAGCAAAGAAAGAUAAAUUAGGUAAGUUAUACAAUAUCAUUGAAUAUCCAGAUUCCAUGACUUUUGAAACUCACUAUUAUCACGACAACUCAAAAUUAUUCAAGAAGUUGAAUCAAACCAUAAGUAAAAUCCAAGAAAGUAGAAGUAAUAAAUCAUUAUUUGCCCUUCAAUCUCCAUACCCUGCAAGGGUUCUCAAUAUUCUUACUGCAGCAUCUGAAUUCCCUACUAUUAAGAUGAAUAUCAGUGAACUUUCUUUACCAGCUGUUGGUUGGCAACAAUUAAUUUCAAGAAGAUCAAUCAAUCAUUACUUUGUGUUAGCUAGUUGGAUCAAGAAUUUAAUAGCAUUAUCUCGUUAUGGUAAUGUUCCAUUAUGUAAUAUACAAAUUGACAAUCUCGGUUAUUUGAUAGAUAUUGAAUAUGCUAGAAGAUUAACCCAAAACAAUAUCGUUUUGUGGUGGACAGGAAAUCCAUUACCUGAUCAUGGUGGAUUUGAGAUGGAUAAAGCUAUUGAUUAUGAGAAUAUUGAAUUCCCAACUGUUAAUAAUCCAGAAAUUUAUGAAACAGCAUGUUUGGAAAUGAAUGUAAGUAAUUUAACUAUCAAUUCAAUUCUUACUAGUACAUUAAUCAAUGAUGCCGAAGGUACAGAUUUAGCUGAUGAUAAUGUUGCAUUUGAUAAGAAUAAUGGUACUUCAACUAUAGCUGAAGAUUCAUUCUCACCAUCUGCAUUAUCAGUAUUAAGAAAUAUGGUAAAGGAUUGGUGGGAUGAUGCAUUGAGAAAUAACGUCAAUGCUGAUUCCAUGAUGAAUAAUUUGGUGACUUGGGUGCAAAGGAAGGAAUCACACCUUUAUGAUUAUGCCUUACAUUAUCAUGUUCAUAAUUUAUCAACCAAAGUUCUUUUACAAUUGAUUGGUGAAUUCAAAAGAAUGAAUGCUCAAGUGGUAUUUGCCAAUAGAAAUAAGUUGAUUGUCCAAACUAGUAAAGUUUCAGUUGAAAACUCAUACGCUUUUGGUCAAUAUAUAGUUAAAGCAGCUAGAUCCAAACCAUUAUUUAAUUUCUUAGAACUAAAGAUUGAAAAGUAUUGGGAUUUAUUAAUUUGGAUGGAUGAAUAUAAUUUCGGGGGUAGAUGUUGUACACAUAUUACCAAUGAUGAAAUUCAAGAUUUAGUACCUGAAAAUCAAUGGCAUAUAAAGAAAUUCUUACCUGUUAUUUUUAGAGAAGAAUUUGAGGAUUGGCUUGUUAUUUUCUUAGAUGCAUUAUCUAAAUUUAAGAGUGAUACAUUAACUGGUGAUACUCAAGCUGGAACUCCAAGAGUAACUCAAAUUGUUCAUAUACUUAAAGGACAAAAGAAAUUAGAAUCAAAAGAAGCAGAAGAAGAUAUCUUUAAUGGUGUAAUUGAAAUCUUUAGAAAACACUUACAGAAGAGAAUCGAGAAAUUGUAUCGUAAACAAAUUGAUUCCAUUAUCAAUCCUGAGUUUGAAAAGGAAUAUGAAUUCCCCAAGCUCCCGGGUUCUCAUUUACUGAUGAAAAACCCCGCAUUAGAAUUAACUAAAUUCUUAUGUGCUGUAUUAGGAUUAUCCAGUAAAAGAAAUAUUGAAGUACGGUUAUUAAGAAAGGAACUUUUAUCAAUUUUCGAUGUAAAGGAGUUCAGUAAUGAAGCUACAUUCAAAAACCCAAGUACUUCCUUAAAGAUCAAUCAUGUUAUUUGUGAUUAUUGUAAUUACAUUAGAGAUAUUGACAUCUGUUGUGAAUCAGAGUCUUCAUUAUGGAGUUGUACCAAUUGUCAUAAAGCAUAUAAUAAAAUGGUUAUAGAAGAAGAAUUAAUUGCUCAAUACCAUAGAACACUCACUAAAUUUUUUCAACAAGAUUUAAAAUGUUCGAAAUGUCAUCAAAUCAAAGCUACUAAUAUGAGUUUAUUCUGUAAAUGUUCAGGUAAAUGGGAAGAGGAUAUAGGUCAUAUUGAAGUAGAAAAGAAACUUCAUGUUUUUGAUAAUGUCGCGAAAGCCUACAAUCUCCAACUCUUAAAGGGUAUUAAGGAUGAAUUUGCAUAGUAUUUAUAAAUGUAUAUAUACGAAAACCAAUAA